AUGGCGACUCUUGAUUCUGUCCAAAUCCUGUCUGAGGCGGCGUUUGGCUGCGAACAUCUUGCUACAAUCAUGCAGGAUCAAUCGACUGCUGGCCAGUUCAAGAAUGGUUACCGCAAGCAGUUUGAAGCCCUGGCACCUUACACCAAGCCUGAAACGGCUGCGGUACCGACAAGUGGCCUGCGGACUGUGGCUACCUUGAAACCAAAGUACCACUGCUUGAGCUGCACAGAGGUCUGUUUGAACUCGGAGCGCAAGGCGCACACGAAGAAGACCGGCCAUGUUUUCUACUUGGAGUCCCGCAACCGUUUCGUGUUCUGUGAGACUUGUGUAGAUUUUGUCUACGACCAUGGUCUGGAGAGACUCUGUGGCCCCUCCGGAAAGUUUGAGUACCAAGACGGCAAGAACCGAUGGAUCGAAGACUCCGCGUCUGAGGUCUAUGUCAAGAGCAACGCAUACAAGAACCCUUGCUCGCGUCGUGGUGCUCGUGGUGUCUGGAACAUGGGACAGACCUGUUACCAGGCUGUCAUCCUCCAAGCUCUGCUGCAUGACCCAACCCUCAAUGCCUAUUUCCUGGCUGGAGGUCAUGACAUCCACACCUGCAAGAGGCCAUUUUGCAUGGCCUGCGCCGCCACUGAGGUCUUUAUGGAAUUCAACAGUGGCGAGAAGACCGAUGCAGUGUCGGCGGCUACCCUCUUGUAUCAUGGAUGGGAUGCCUCACGAGAAAUGGCAGGCUACCGCCAGCAGGAUGCCCACGAGUACUUCCAAUUCCUGGUAAAUGCCCUGCACGCGGCGACACCCGGGCACUCCGAGAGCUACGGCACCAAGUGCGAGUGCUUCUUCCAUCGCACUUUCUACGGCGAACUCCGCAGCAGCGUGAUGUGCCACAAGUGCGGCAAGACCACUCACACUUACGACCCGAUGGCGGAUCUGAGCCUCGACGUGCAGCUUCAGAACAAGAAGCGCAAGCUGGGCCGAUCCACUGCCACCGGUACCGGGACCCUGCUCAGCUGCUUGGAGAGCUUUAUUGCAGUCGAGGACCUACAGCACCACACCGAGGCGGCCUAUCACUGCGAGAAAUGCGGCAACACCCCUCAGCGGGCGUCGAAGCGGCUGCAGAUCAACAAGCUCCCAAGUAUCCUGUGCAUGCAGCUGAAGCGCUAUGAACACAACCAGGCCUCCUCCGAGAAAAUGGAUGGCCACAUCGACUUCCCCCUUACCCUGAACAUGCUCCCUUUCACCGUGAAGAAGGACAAGGAGCGUGUCGACACAUCCAAGUACAUGUACGAUCUCUCGACUGUCGUGGUCCACCAGGGUUCCAUGGACUCUGGACACUACUACUCCUACACUCGUCUGGGAGGUGACAAGUGGGUGUUGAUGGAUGACAACAAAGUCACUGUCGCCAGCAUCCCGGAUGUUCUCAAGCAGAAUGCUUACCUCCUGUUCUAUGGCAUUCGCUCGAUUGAUUCCGAGAAGUGA